AUGCAUCCAAAAACGAAGAUGACGGUUUUAAUUUGCUUGAUUUUCUCAAUUUCUAUAUCACUUCUAUUCUAUUAUUUUAAUGUAUCAAGCUCAACAAAACUAGCCUCGAAACUGGAAUCUGAACCCAUAAAACUGCCACCACCGAUUGUAGAACUUCCAAAUGGAACUCACAAAAACCUGCCAGCAAAACAGCUGAUUUAUCGAGGAGAACUGAAUUCGAUGGAUGGAGUUGGAUAUAAUUUCAGUGAUAUUGAUACAACACCAUUUCUCAAGUUCCAUGAAUUGAAUAACUUACCAAAUUGUGAUUUAUCAAUGGAUAAAUUGGAGCCGAAAACAACUUCGGAGAAAUUAUUGAAGGGAUUUCAUCGAUGUGUUGAUCCGAUAUUUGAAAAUCAAUUGAAUCCGUUAGAUGCACGAAAUUUUUCACUAAAAAUUUGUGAUGCUAUUCAAAAAUGCGAUAACAUUGGGGAAUACAAAGAUGUCAAGAUUGAAGCACUCAAAAAUUUGCAUGAAAUUAAGUGGGCAAUUUUGCCAAAAUGUGUGAGUUUUUUUUAAUAAUCAGAGUUACCUAUAAUUAUUUUUUGCUUUCCAGAAAGAGGAUAAUGUUAUGGUAACUUUGGGAAUUGGGCACGAUGUGAACGCUGAAGUGUUGCUCUACCGAACCCUCCCAAAAACCAAAUUCUAUGGAGCAGAUCCAAUAAUCGAGCCAAAUCUUCAACUAUACUCUAGUUUCGGUAAAUUCUUCCCGUUUGCUCUUGGCGAUAAAGCAGGGAUGAAUAGAUUUAAAGUUUUACCAAAUCAAAAUCAGAAAACCAGAGCUUACACAUAUCAAGAUGUAACUACAAUUGAUUUACCGUAUUUCUUCAAAAAUAUUCUGAACUUGACGCAAAUCGAUUUUCUUUGGAUCGAUAUUGAGGGAGGCGAAUUGACAUUCAUGGAUCAUUUUCAUAAAGGAAAACAGUUGGAUGAGUUGGGAAUCAGUGUUUGUCAAUUCAACAUAGAGGUAAGAAAUUCGAAUUUUUCUGUCACAUGAUAAUUUUUUAUUCAGCUUCACCCUGAAUUCUGGCCAAAUGGUUAUGAAAUCACACACUCUUUCAUCAAUCAAAUUCUCAAGGAGAAUCGAUACAUUUUCCUGAAACCGAUGACAACAACAACUGGAGUUUAUCGAUUAUUUUUCAUCAAUGUGGAAGAUGAAAAAUGUGUCAGAAAAUUUUUGCAAUAA